CAGUAUACCUCGCGGAUGCGGCACAUCCGUUCCAGGAGUUUGUAAACAGAGCGAAAGGAGAGAUGGAGUCGACAAGAGGUCUCACCUAAAACAUUAUAUAAUCAACGAAGAACUUGUGUCAGUCAUAGAUAAAUAGCUAAAUAUAUUUUAUUUUAUAUACGCCGUUGAAUGUUUCUUUUCUACAUAUACUAGUAAUUUCUAGGAUUAUAAUAAUCCAACCGACCGAUAGUAACAUUUGUGGUUUUGUGAAUCGGCGUGUUGGUCAGCGGAGUGCCUUUACAAACCAAAAACAGAAGGAAAACAGACUAUUCCAGCGCCGAAUCCGAUCUGUAGUGACCGUCUGGGUUGGCAAACCGGGAGCGCAGCCUGUGUGCAAUCGUCCUCCGUAUCACUGGUUCGGUUCAAUGGGGAACUGUCUGUCCUCGCAGGGCGCCGAUGACUUGUCGCUGCUAAACGAGUCAGAGGGAGCCAGUCUACCAGGAGAGCCGCCGCCGCCUUAUCAGGAGCGAGUCCAAGUGCCAGUUUACCAUCCUACCCCCAGUCAGACUCGACUGGCUACCCAGCUGACAGAGGAGGAGCAGAUCCGUAUAGCCCAGAGGAUUGGGCUCAUCCAGCACUUGCCCCGCGGCAUCUUUGACCCUGGUUCAGAGCCCUCUGACAAGAAAGUUAAGGAGUGUGUGAUCUGCAUGAUGGACUUCGAGUAUGGGGACCCCAUCCGGUUCCUGCCGUGUCUGCACAUCUACCAUGUGGACUGCAUCGAUGCCUGGCUCAUGCGCUCCUUCACCUGCCCCUCCUGCAUGGAGCCAGUGGAUGCCGCCCUGCUCUCCUCAUACGAGACUAACUGAGCCAGCCCCACUCUUUAGUCACCACAUCCCCUGAAAUCACAGUCGAGCUGUUUGGGGGUGGAGGGACUGAUGCAUGGAGGGAGGGGUUGAGCAGUAGGAGAGUAUAUGUGUUUGUGUGUGUGUGUGUGUGUGUGUGUGUGUGUGUGUGUGUGUGUGUGUUUGGGGAUGGAGCAUGCCAAGAGCCAUUUUUCGAUUGAGGGGUGGGCGGUGCAGAAUAGGAACGGGAUGAUCAGUUGAAACUGAAGUGUUGUGUCUUUGCUUGAAAGCCAAAGACCUGGCUUACACUUCCUACACAAAGUCAUCAAUGAAGGAUGAAAUGUACAACUACAAAUGUGAAAACAUUUAGCCUAUGUGAACAUAUACUACCAAUAGGUAGUGGUGGAGAGGGGGUGGACUCAUCGGUUCAGUUCAUGUGCCUGAUUUUUAUUUUAUUACGUGGCUUGCACCGUACCACCAAGAUCAAAGGUGCAAUGAGUAACUGACAAAUAUGAAGUUUUGCUAGGUUCCGAUUGGUCAAAGGGUAAAUCUUUGCCUAAAUAUUGCUGUUUGACAAUUGGCUUUCCCUUUUUAAGACUGACUAGACCAGCUAGUGUGAAAUAUUUCUUGUAGUUUCUUGUAGGGACGGGGGUGCAAAUGAGUGCCUCUAAGGUUCUGCACAAAGGCAUCUCAAAGCACAGAGCCCCAUACUAGAAUGCAAUUUGAAUAAUUUCAAAUCUUUUAUCCAAAAAGUGCAUUCAUGAAUAUGAAAAUUUUGGACAAGUCAUGCCAUCUCAUUUCUAUUUAUUUUGUGUGUGUUAUAGUUGUCCUUGUGAUUUAAUUUGUUGUCCCAAAGCUGCUGUUUAUUGUUUGUUUAGCCUUUAUAUAUGUAUUUACAUGUUCCUAAGGAGCUUUGCCUUGGAUUUGUGCUCUAUGCCAUUGAGACGAUAUAUGGAAUUGUGUUUUUGCUGAUGUUAAAUGCCCUUUUCAGAGCAAACAUGCUGUGCAAUCCAGACUGUGCAGACAUCCUCAUCUCUCUAGCCAUUCUCUAGCUUCAAUCUGUUUCAAGUUUAUUCUGAUUGUUUCUUCCUCAGAAUUACCUUGCAUUUUGCAUAUUUUAUGAUCCGUGAAAAGAAUUAAGUAACGUUCAAGAUAAGUCAUCAAUCUGUAGUCAGGUCUGAGAUGCGCUGGGGACAAUGGUUUGAAUUAAAUGUCAGACAAAUUAAAUAACUUGCAUAUUUUUUUCUGUCAUAUCAUUUACCCAUUCAAUUUCAGAAAAUAUUGUAAUCACAAGCAUUUUGGAGCUUACUGACUCAUAGGGCAAAUGACGUGUGCAAUCACGAGGGAAAUAUGACAUCUUAGUAGGAAUUGUUUGGGCCAAAAAUGGCUGUUGCAAUAAUUUUUAAACAAAGGACAAGUCAAUGUGUGUACAGCAUACAGGCUUGUGAAUGGCUAGAGGGGAGGGAAAUGAUUAAGCAUUGUCCGUGGUUAUCAAAAGUUUUGUGAAAUACAAUCAUCUCUUAAACGUGUUAUUUAGUGUUUUUUUUUUUUUGCUAAAGAUUGACCUUGAAACACAUGCCAGGGUGUGUCUACAGGCAAGAGUUAGUAUGGUGAACAGGAAAUAGAAAAAAUCCUGGCUGCUUUUACUACUAUAUUGAUUUUUCUUUUGUUUUAUUUAGAUGUGUGCAAUAACGGCACGGCUUUUAGGAAACGAUCUACUCGCCACAAUAAAGGUGGAUGCCAAAUGAUUCUGGAGUGACUGUGUUACAUGCCUUUUAUUCAACGUAUGCAAUUCAAGCAAAUGUGCCACCUUCAGUUAAGGUCACAUGAUAAUUCCCUCAUUUUAUUGUGGAAUUUAGCUGUGAAAAACACUGUUAAUUAUGACUUAUAUUCCAAAGCACAUAGAAUGGGGUUUGCAUUGAUACAUUUGGACGUAUUUGUGUGAGUAAUGUGUGUAUUUGUUGAUUAAAUAUGAAAAUUGCAAGUAACUGUUACAUAAAUUGUAUUUGUUAAUAAAAUGUAAAUUGAUAA